AUGGGGGACACGUCUGAGUCUGUCGUUGUCGAUGAGAACGUCAUUGCGCACCUCCCGACUGGAGUGGAAAUUAUUUCCAUCGUGCCCACUUGUCCCAGCAAAUAUGUUUUUACUGCUAGAAUAAAUACUCGUGAAGCUGAUGGCACUUUGAAAUCGUAUUUUAAAAAGGAGAGCUCAGGCGAAAUGGGUCGGAUUAUGUUGCGAGGUGCUUUUGAAAGCGAAUCUACGUUUUACAGCUUUGCUCCUCAGAAUGUUCCUCAGCCCGUGGGGUGGGGUGCCUGUAAAACAGCUCCAGACACAUCUUUCUUUCUGGCAGAAUUUCACGAAAUGGACGACAAAAUUCCGGAGCUACAUGAGUUAUGUACUCUCACAGCAAAUAUCCAUCAACAGUCAGCCGGAAAAUCCCCUAGAGGGCAAUUUGGAUUUCAUGUCACUACUCAUCUUGGGAAUAUCCCAACAGAUAAUACUUGGUGCUCAACCUGGGAAGCCUUCUUUACUCGAGCAAUGAAGAAUAUGCUAGACUUGGAGAUGAAAACCCAUCGGGGUGAAGACACCGACAAAGAAAUGGAGGAUUUGUCGAAGAAACUCAUUCAUUUCGUCAUCCCACGGCUGAUUCGGCCAAUGGAGUCUGAAGGGAGAAGCAUUACGCCGGUCCUUGUGCACGGAGAUCUUUGGCCUGGCAAUGCCAAACACGACACUUCAACUGGUCGCCUGAUGAUAUUCGAUUCAGGAGCGUGCUGGGGACAUAACGAAGCGGAUCUCGCCGAGUUUCGUGCGCCGCGUUAUAGGCUUGGUACAACAUAUAUGGUAGAGUAUCAUCGACAUAUUCCAAAGACUGAGCCAGUGGAAGACUGGGAAGACCGAAAUCGUCUAUAUGCAUUGCGUUACGAUCUUCUCUGUUCAGCGGUAUUCCGUCACAAUUCACCGUACCGAGCGCUGGCAAUGGCGGAAAUGAAAUAUCUGGUUGACAACUAUGCUAAGGAACUUGAAGAAUGAAAACUUCAGGAAACAU